AGCACUUCCUGGUGUUUGCACUCUGCCACCCAAGGAGCACUGAGCACAGGAGAAAGAGGCAGGUUCCUAAAACAUUAUUUGGCAUUCAGAGGACUCAGAAGAAAAACAGUUUGAAGAACAAUUUCUCCGGAGCUGUGCUAGAAAAUAAAGGGAGAAAAUCUACUCUCCUAACAAAUGUCUACAGCAGACUACCAAGUUCCACCACCCAGCUAUGACUCCAUCUCACCACCAACUUACCUGCCAGACUCCACCAAUUCUGCAGUUCUUAACAUACCAGUAAAAGGUAUACCUCCGGGAUUGGAAUGUCUUACUCAGGUAAACCAGCUUCUGGUGCAAGAAAAAUUUGUAACAUCACAGGGACUGGGACGUGCCUUCAACAUACUGAAUGGCUCAGGACAGCAGAUCUUUCAGGCAUGUGAACAAGUGCGGUGCUGCCGCCCUAUGCAAGACUUGGCCAUUCAAGACCUUAGUGGGAGAAAUGUGAUGGGGUUGACUCAAUACUGCAAAUGUUCCUGCACAGAACAAAUGAUGGAAGUUAAUGCUUCCCCUGGAAACUGUAUAGGGUAUAUCGGCUGGAUGUGGAACACAUUUGCCACACACAUGUUAGUGAAGAAUAUCAAUCAGGAGGUCGUCCUGCAUGUUCUUGGUCCAGGAAUGCAGACCAGUAUCUUUGGGAAUGUCAGCUUUGAGAUUAAAUCCAGAGAUGAGCAGCACGUUGUUGGAAUGAUCAGAAAUGAAAAUGAAACAUUCAUAGUCUCAUUCCCACUGGACCUGGAUGUGACAAUAAAAGCAUUGUUACUGGCCACAUGCUACUAUCUGAACUCUGCUAUUCACCAAAAGAGGAGGGAAACAACAAACAGAUUUAGUAGUGACUGAGAAUCAGCUGUGAGCAUGACACCAGGAGCUUACACUUACCGUCUGAUGUAUGAACAGUAAAUCACUGCCUCAGUUCUUCUGAACAAGCCUGUAGACCAUUUUCAGUUUUGUAAAUACAGUACUAACUAUAAUUAUAUUAUAUAUAUAUUGCAUUAUUUUAUAUAAGCAGAAUAAUAAAGAGAGGCCAGAGGUUUUUUUUUU